CCACCCCACCCCACCCCCCGGAGCCUCCAGGCGGCGCUCGCGGCCUGCGGCGCCUCCCGCUCCGCCAUGAAGUCGGCCUUCGUCACCGUGGGCACCACCAGCUUCGACGGCCUCGUCGCCGCCGUGACGGCCCCGGAGGCUCUGCGGGUUUUGCAGGAUCUUGGCUACAAGCGACUAGUCCUUCAGAUUGGGAGGGGCACAGUGGCUCCAGGUUCAGUCAGCACACCUACAUUUACCCAAGAAGUGUAUAGGUACAAGAACUCACUGUCGAAAGAUAUUCAAGAAUCUGAUCUCGUCAUAAGUCAUGCAGGUGCAGGUAGCUGCCUAGAGGUAUUGGAAGCAGGGAAACCAUUACUCGUAGUUGUAAAUGACAAGCUGAUGAACAAUCAUCAGUUGGAGCUGGCAAGACAGCUGCACAGGGACGGACACCUCUUUUACUGCACGUGCGGAACUCUCAUCAAGACUCUUCAGUCAAUGGACUUGUCAACACUGAAACCUUUCCCACCUGGACAGCCAGAAAAAUUUGCUGCGUUCUUAGACAAAGUAGUUGGGAUUUAAAUAAAGCGAGCUGUAAAAGGAAGCUCCCACAUUUGGAACUAACUUUAUUUGUACAUGCUGUGAAAAGAUGUCUUUGCGUAUGCAUUUUUGUUACCAGAUCGUAGUCGUGUAUAAAGACAUGGCCCAAGACGGCAGCAUUCAUUUACCUCUGGUCCGUUGAGUCAGGGAGCAAGCAGGAGCACAAUAUGGGCAAGGCGGGCAAGCCUAUCCACUUAAGUCCUUGCCAUCUUCAGUCCUGCGUGCCUUUCUGCCCCUGUACAGAAAUGCUGCAAACUAUGGUGGUAUGUAUGCUAACAAUUAACUGCUUAAACAUGAGAAGAUUUGGUAGUGGUUAGAUGCUGGACUAGGACUGCAAAGACCUGGGUUCAAAUCACGCCAUGAAACUUACUGGGUAACCUUGAGCUAGUCAAUCUCUCUCAGCCUAACCUACCAUACAGGGUUGUUGUAAGGAUAACCUGGGGGAAACCAUAUGUACCACCAGAGCUCUUUAGUGAGACAGGCGGGAUAAAAUAAUGCACACAGACCAAUCCUAAGCAGGUCUACUCAGAAUCCUACUCAAGUCUAUUCAAUGGGGCUCACUCCCAAGAAAGUGUCCUGCACUCAAAAUAUAAAAGCUUGGAUCCUCAAAACUGCUCCUGGAAGCCACUGACAAUUCAAGAUCUUCCCUAAGAUCUUUCUGACCCUGGGAGAGUUUAUUCCCUGCGAUGGAGUGGCUAGCAUGUCCUAAUAUUGUGCGCAUUGGCUGCUGCGUAGAAGAAAGAAAUGAGAUCACCUUUCUGCCUCUUGCAUGAGUGGAAGCGGAAGGAGUGAUUUCGCUCCUUUCCCCCUGCUCGCUCUUGUGGCGCAGCCUGCGUGGCUAUUAGCACACACAAGUCUCUGUUUUCUUGGGGCUGGAAAAGGCUCGGGGGGGGCAGGGGAAGGGGUGACAAUCCUGCAAUCUCUGCAUCUGCAAAUCUCAGCAUCCAACUUGUAAUAAAAAGUAAUCCACCCAUAUUUAAUAUAACCCGUCAGGUUUUUCCCCAUAUGUACUUCUUUUCCAAUUAUGGCUGUGUGGAAUAUUGAUCCAGUUUUUGGAUCAAAGACACUGCUUUGGGGGCCCAGAAAUAGUCUAGAGAUUCAGCAGUCGCUGGGAAUUUUGCACUUCUCAUUGUUCUCCUAGUUUGCCGCUGUUGCUUUUAUCAGGUGUUCCCUGUUGCAUAGGGCUUCUUUCUCCUUCACUAGGUGACCCCAGCCAGUCGAUGUAAUGAUUGCACUGCAAAACCAAGUCUAGUCCUACAGGCUCUGGAGCGUGUGUGUGUGUUGCCCUCAAGUCACAGCUGACAUUUCUUGGCAAGAGACUAUCAGAGGUGGUUUGCCAUUGCCUGCCUCUGCAACCCUGGUCUUCCUUGGUGGUCUCCCAUCCAAUUACUUACCAAGGCUGACUCUGCUUAGCUUCUGAGAUCUGACGAGAGAUCAGGCUCACCUGGGCUUAUCCAGGUCAGGGCACAGGCAUUAUUGAGGCCAAAUGAACGUGUUAGAGUGUGAGCAGGGCUUUUUGGACAGUCUCACAGGUUAACCUAGUAAAGCUGGAAGGAGAGGUCAAGCAAACUUUAUCAGCGAUGGUGCUUGAGUACUGACUGCUGCUUUGGAACAGAAUCCAUGUAGUAGUCUAUUGUAAUGUAUUGAUUUAUCUUUAUUGCAUUGUCUUCCACCUUUGUUACCCACUUUCUGUAUCAUGCCUCAGACAAUUUUCUCCCUUUCUGUGAUCCUCGUUCUGUUAAUCAGAGUCUCAGCAAGAAAGGAGGGCUGUAAAUGAAGUAAAAAAUAAGAAGAGUAUGCACCAUAACGAUAACAACAAAGGAAGCUAACUUGGGCCAAGGGGGGAGGGGGGCUGCAAAAGAAAGCCUGCUCAGCUAGUGAACUUUCCUGCAACUCCGCCCACAUUCUCUAGGAGGGGAAUAGAGAACAAGGCUCUUAGCUUGCUUGGAUGGCUGUCACCUGGUCCCUCCCUUCUGACUGCAGCUCUAAAGGAGAACAGUAGCUACCUUUAUGACCCACAAGAUUUCUAGGGUAGAAGCUUUUGAGAGUCAAAGCUUUCUUCACCAGGUACAAAUAGGAAUAGAGAUCCCUGAGCCCUUAUAUCCCAGUCUGAAGGGGGGGAGAGAUAAUGUUGUAUAGAAAGAAGUUAGGUUGCAAAGAUACAAUGCAAAAUAUAAUCAGCUUGAUUAGGGCAGAGGAGAAAUGUUUAGGGUAGGAAAUGUAGAACAUUAGCAGCUGAAAUGAGAUAAGACUGCACAACCCACUUUUACCAAGUAGUAUUUCUUACCUGCCUUGAGAAAGGCAGGAUGGAAAUUAAACAAACAGACUUGUUGCGUCCAAAAUAAAGCUGCCUACAAAAUCUUGUCUCCCUUUGAAGACCAAAAAUAAGUACCUGCCAUUAAAAUGAAGAGUCAAAUCUGGUACCUGCUUUUCAUAGGACUGAAGGAUCUUGCAGUUCUUUGGAUAUUAUAACUAUAUGAGCACAUGUACAGAAAGCCUUGAAGGUAGGCCUACUUAUAUGCUAUUGGUUAAAUGCUAUUUGGGCAGUGAGUAAGAAGAACGGUGACCUCUGCCACAGACUGGAGCAAGAUGUGUUUUACCAAAACAAGGGAGAGCAGGAGCAUCCCUUCCGAUGCUUUGAGGAUGAAAAUACAGACACACUUCUAACAAUCCAAGCAUCACUGCUGGGAACCCCCUUCACGUGUUGCUGACAGUUCAGUUCUAUUGUAUGGGGGACUUGUUUACUUUACAAUGAUUUGUCUACCACUGACUGAGGUGGUUUGUAAUUGUAUAUUAGAAAAACAUCACUGUCUGACAACAUGCUACCGGAAUGUACAUGCCUGGGCAUUCACAUGCUAAAUAGGCUUUGUUACUCGGGUAAUAGGGCUGUGCUGUAAGAAAUGGCUUAGAGAGAUGCCUUCAUAAAGAGACAGGGACUAUAGAUUAUUCUACUGGGUACCAUCUGUUAAUGUAGAUAGACUGCUCCUGUGUUGUUAAAGAUGUCAUGUUUAAUUACUCAUGCGUUGUUCCAGUAAUGUUUCGUCUGUGUUCAGAUUUAUGCUUGUUUUCAAAUUUCUGCAACUCUUACCCUAUUGUUUUUCUCUCUCUGAAUGUCCUCCUGGUUGUUGAUCAUAUUGACUUGCACUGUGUAAUCUGCCUUGGGUCUCAGUGAGAAGGGUGGACUAUAAAUAAAAUAAAUAAACACGUGAAACCGGAA